GGGGGGGGGGGGGUAGGCAUGGAUGAGGAUGGGGGUUCAGGUACGGAAUGAAUGGGAUGCGGGGCAGAGAGGGAGGAAUACGAGAAAAUGCGAAGGAGACGGGGGAGGAAAGAGGAGGAGAUAAGAAAGAGGGAGGCUUGCUUUGGCUGCGAGUGUGUGACUGUGGUGUGAGGGUGUUGGUGAUGGCACGUGGGGGAGUCGUGGCGAGGCAAGGCAAGGUGAAGUUUGAGAGGAUGCUGGGGUACGGGGCUUCCGAUGGGCCUAGUAAGCUGCCGAUGGUCAAAUUCCAAGACAGACUGGCUCCAAACAAGUACUUAGUCAUUUCAGAAGAAGUACCUUGUCUCAAUGCUAGGGAGAUACGCGUACCUGACCUGAGGUGAUUCGACAAAGGACCAACUCCUGUCUGUGCAACUCGCCACCGGUGAGCGACAGGCUCCUUUUUUUAGCUAACGGGAAGCAGAUCGGAGAAUUGACGCCAGUGGCAUCCGAGCGGUACCUUGCCUUACCUCACCUCUCAUGCUGCUGGGCGCUCGGAAGCGUUGCCGUUGGGUUAGGUAC